CUCCCUAUCUCUCACUCUAUUUGCACACAAAAUCCAAAGGACAAAUAAACAGCCAAUAGAGAAGCAGAGAAAAAAAUAAAUAAAGAAACUCGAUAACGCGAAGAACAGCAACACCAAAUCAAAGGAACAAGUGAAAAAAAAGAGUGAGAUAGUGAAAUAUUAUUUUUUUUGACAAAAAGAGGUUCAUUUCAAUUAUUUUUUCCUUGUGAAUUUUCUCCUUAUCCAAUCAGAAGAAUUUGUUCAAUUUGAUAGCGUGAAAUAGAACUUGUGGAUGUUACAGUGAUUUGAAAAUUCCCAUUGUUGUUUUGGGGAUUUUCCCGUCCGAAGUCGGGAGGGUGGCAAGAGAGUCAUGUUGGAGAACUGGUGCUGCAAGUCCUGUUUAGUGUUUCCCAGUUCUUGUCAACGAGGAGGAAAGUGGGCUUACAUGUACCAUGGAAAGCGCCCAAGAGAAUUCACCGAUUCAGAUGGUUGUCCGGAAACCAAGUUGUCUAAGCUCUCUUCCGAUGAUUCCUCCAGUGACGAUAAUAAUAAUAACACUUCUUCCCCACAAGACUCAGAUGACCUUGUCUUUCCAGAUUCGCCUGACCAAUCCGAUGGUGAUGGUAAGAGAUCCUGUUCUUCCUCGGAUAUGGAUUCUUCACUUAUCCACCACUGCCCCAUUGCUCUAGGAAAACCGGACUUGGAUAACCAAUCAGACAAUGAUAGCCUGUCAGAUUCCGUGGAAGAGUCGCUGGAGGAGCAAUCUGAGGAAGAUGGUGGUAGUGAUAAUAAUGACAUCUCUGAUUCUCCUAAGGAGGAUGAUCACCACAGACUUGGUGGGGAUUCUUCACCUGACUUGGAUGCAUUAACCCAACCAAUUGGGCGAGAUAAUGAUUAUUACGACUUCUCUGAUUCUCCGGAGGAUGGUCACCACAGACAUGCUGGGGAUUCUUCAUCCGACAUGGAUGCAUUAAUCCAACCAAUUGGGAGAGAUAACUCAAUCAGUUGUCUGAUUAAGUGCUCGAGGUCUGAUUAUGGUUCCAUUGCCAUGUUGAAUCGAAGUUUUCGUUCCUUAAUCAGGAGCGGAGAGAUCUAUAAGUUGAGGAGACAGAACGGUGUUGUUGAGCAUUGGGUUUACUUUUCUUGUCACGUCCCUCAAUGGGAAGCAUUUGAUCCUAGUAGACAUAAGUGGAUGCUUUUGCCAAGGAUGCCUCACAAUGAAUGUUUCAUUUUUUCAGAUAAGGAAUCACUGGCUGUGGGAACUGAGUUGCUUGUCUUUGGGAAGGAGGUAACUUCUCAGGUUAUAUAUAGAUAUUGUAUUUUAACAAAUUCAUGGACUUCUGGGACCAGUAUGAAUUCUCCAAGGUGGUUGUUUGGAUCAGCUAGUCUUGGAGAGAUUGCAAUUUUAGCCGGUGGUUGUGAUUCUCAGGGUAAUAUUCUAAACUCUGCAGAAAUGUACAAUUCUGAGACUCAGAAAUGGGAGACUUUGCCAAGCAUGAAUAAGCCAAGGAAGAUGUGUAGCGGGGUAUUUAUGGAUAAGAAAUUUUAUGUGAUCGGAGGAAUUGGUGGGAAGGAUGCACGGGCUCUCACUUGUGGCGAGGAGUAUGAUUUAGGGACAAAAAAGUGGACUGAAAUUCCUAACAUGUCUCCUGGAAGAAGUGGAGUUGCGGCAGAGAUGCCUGCGGCAGCUGUGGCACCCCCUCUGGUUGCAGUAGUUAAUAAGGAACUGUAUGCUGCUGAUCAUGCUGACAUGGAGGUUAAGAAGUAUGAUAAGGAAGCAAACUCAUGGUUGACUAUUGGAAGAUUGCCUGAAAGAGCAGUUUCAAUGAACGGUUGGGGUCUUGCGUUCAGAGCAUGUGGAGAUCGCCUUAUAGUGAUUGGUGGACCUAGGGCUUUGGGUGAAGGUUUUAUUGAGCUCAAUUCUUGGGUUCCCAAUGAAGGGCCUCCAGAAUGGAACUUGCUUGCCAGAAAGCAGUUGGGUAACUUUGUGUAUAAUUGUGCUGUGAUGGGAUGUUAGUAGAUGGAUUGUGGU